AUGGAAGAAGGUAAUAUCAUUGAACUAAAUGUUUUAAGGAAAGUACAUCGCACCUACUAUAUCGUGAGACGUUUUUAUGAAGCAUUGGAAUGUGAUUUCAAUCUAAUGUUGUUUUUGUAAAUAUAGGUAUACUGUAUUCGCACUAUUAUUCUUUGGUGUGUGAUUGAUAUUUAAACAGCAUGACCAUGCAUUAAAAAGUAUUUCCAAAAAUAUGUCUAUUUUGAUGCAACAUAGCGAACCUCCAUCCUAUCGAGCCAACAGAGCCGACUGGUAGCGAGUCUUAUCUAAUAAAGUGCAUGAAACAGGGUUGUAAAAUAGAACUAUCCAGUGCUGUUGUUAUAAGGUCCGUGGAAAGCUCACCUGUUUGCUUUCAAAAGCCUGAGUAGGAAUUUGUUUAGCGAGCGGACGUCAGCGGAAAAUUUAAAUACCCGAUUUUAAUUUUUUCAUGUUUCUCGCUUUGUAUUUUAAAAAAUGUAAAGGAAUAGUUGAUAAAGAAGUUUUCCUGAGCCUUUGCAAUUGAUGGCUGUAAAAAAGAAGUGAUUUACCGCGAAAAGAAGUAUUUUUGAGUUUGUUUUAGCCGUUUGGCGAAAUCGCGAGGUUUGUUUGCUGUCGUCAUCGUUUUUCAACAGACUACAAAGUUUUUUUUAAGAAGAUAAAAAUGCAGUAAAAAUGAGAAGAAUUAGUCGUUGGUUUUUGCUGUUUUGUGUUAUCUUUCUCUGCGUAAAUGAUGGACUUACAGGUAAAUAUAUUUUCUGGAGUUAUUAGCUUGAAAUUUUAUAGAAAUUUGAAAGGGAUUUAGUAAUUUUUAAAUACGAAGUCGAAGGUUUAUUUUUAUAUUUUACCAUGGCAAACGAAGGAGCAUAAUGUGAAUCCGAAUUUAGAGUAUAGAAACUCUUAAAUUUCUAAUUGAAGGUAACUUCUACACGUUUUCGACAGCUAAAUAGCUAAUUCAUUUUAAUGCACAAUCGAACGUCAAUCUUAAGGUCUAAUAUUGUGAAACGUUGUUUAGCAAAAAAUAUUUGAUAAAAGGAUGAGAUUGGUCAGGAUUGGUCGUGCAAUUUUAAGUUUUGGGCAAUGUCAAUGAAGUCAACGUGUGAAAAUCUCUCGAUGUUUCUUCAACCCAGUUUGUCAAUAUUCAACAUCGCUGCUAUCUUUGGAAGUUGCGUUGUGAAAUCGACUUGCUUGUUAUAUAGUCUUCUACACUGCAAAAAAUUCCAUUAUGUUGGGUAUUUUGCCUAAGAAACAUAAGGAAAAUAAUGCACAUUUUGAGAACAUUUUUUGUCAUUGUCAGUGCAUUAUUUUACUCAAGUUUUGUGUCAGAGUGUAAAGUUUUAUCAACGGCCUCGCCCGAAUCUAUUAUAUUAAUUAAAUGUUGUUAUUAGUAACGAUUUAAAAUCAUCAAAACUUUAACUGCUUUUGCCCCCCCCCCCUCGCCAUUUGAGCAGACCCAAAAUCAUUUUUUCCGGGGGAGAAUUCACCGUAUUGUGAGUCACAGCUUAUAUUAAGUCCCCCCUCCCCUCCCCCAAAUAAAAUCCUGGCGACGUCACUCUCUCUUCAUUAUUUGAAACUUACCAAUUUGACUUUCAUCCACCUUUAUAUUUUUAGCCAAAGUUGUAAAAAGCUUCGUGAUAUACAGUCCAAGCGUGAAGAAAUGCAUCAAAGCCGUACCUCCCAGGACAGUUAAACUCGAAGGUUGUAGGUAUGAUGAUGCUUUCCGUUGGCGAUGGACAACGGACGGACAAGUUCAAAAUGUUAGAACAGGGCUCUGUGUUGAAAUUAACGAUUACGCCAUAUAUGUUUAUAAACACGCUAACUUGCACCUGGCACUCUGCAAUUACAGAAAGAAACUCCAGGUAGCUAUUAGUAUUAACUGAUUGCUCGCAGCGAACGACUGGAAUUACUCCCCUUUUUCGAGUUUCUCAAGAUGUGAUGGUCUGGGAAUUAAACAGAGUUUAUUGAGUUUACUGAGUUUCUCGCACACUGGUGAGCGCAUUUCCCAACAGGCAACAGGCUAUUGUCCAAUACACCCAUAGAUAUCUUAUAUACACUAGAUAGCGCAUCUCUUUUAGUAAAAUUGAAGCCAAAAAUAUCAGUCCAGCGGUUACCCUCGUUUGAAUAGAUGGCGGCCAUGUUGGUCGUUCCCACUUGCUAAUAAACGCUUAAAAACAACAAUAACUUUCAUCUUUUGAAUAGUUUAAAAACGUAUUUGCAAUAGGGUUAACUUAAUGUUUAAGUUCCCUGUUUAAGAAAUAGAACUACGAACCUUCUCAUUUCAUGGGAACGACCUGAACUGCAAUCACGGCUUCAAUUUUUGAAUUGCAGAAUAAUUAAAUGCACUAUCUAGUGUAUAUAAGAUAUAUAUGAAUACACCCUUUCGAUAAUUACGUCACAACUACACUGUUUUCAACUUAGGACCACCUUAAAUGGAAAGGAUUUCAAGUUUUUUUCUCAUGGGCUAUGCACAGAGGAGCAGAACAUCCUUCUUCAACACAUGCAUGAAAAAAGAAUUCUUUAUUUUAGUGACCAAUAAACGUGGAAAUAAACUUUAACAUGAAAACAAGGCUCCAGGUCAUGAGAAAAAAACUUUAGAUCCUUUCCAUUUAAGGUGAUCCUAAGUUGAAAACAGUGUAGUUGUGACGUAAUUGUCGAAAGGGUGUAUUGAUAGAAGAUCCGAGGUAUACCUACGAUUUUAACGUCCUUAUCCGAGAAGAUGCGAAAGUCUAACUAUUUAUUGGUGUCAAUGCAAAGACUGCUCUUUCAGGUUGAAAGGCAAACGUGGUGAUCACGACACCACAAGAGUUGGUAAAAGUCAUUGUGUGAUGUUUUUCUCUGAGUUUAUAUUAAUUUGUGCACGAUCACGUUGAUUGAGCUUAUUGUAUUCUCGUGUAAUGAAGUAAUCGUCCAAUAGGGAUAGCUGAGAUAAAACGUGCAACCACAAUGAAUAAUAUUUAUCGAAGUUGAGACAAAGGAUUUGUGGUGAAGUACAGUCCAACAUCAAACAAAGGUCUUCUAUUUUGUGGCUUUGAAGUUUGCCGGCCUUCCAGACCAUCACAUAUUGACAGACUACGACUGUUAAACCAACUCCUUGUUCCCUCCACUCAAGGCCACUACACUUUAAUUGAUUCGUAACGUGCCAUGUAUAUCCCCUUCUUUUGUGCCGAAGUUGUUAUAGUUUCACUCUAAUGGUCAGGAAAGCAUUGCGUUGCCCAAACAAAGUUAGACAUAAUUUUAUAUUCGCUGCAUGCGUGAGUUUGUUAUUCUGUUGGUUUAUUAUUCUGUUAGUUUGUUAUUCUGUUAGUUUGUUAUUCUGUUAGAAUGCUGUUUUUAGGGUUUGUAAUCCAAGUGAAUAUAUAUACAUUUUAAGACCUAACCAGGAACGACUGCGAAAAAUGCAACACAAUGUCCUCUGGUAGCAAUUGAACCUACGGCCCUGCGCAGGGCCGUAGGUCCGUAGGGCCGUAGGUUCAAUUCCUAGCAGAGGACCUUGUGCUGCAUUUUUCGAAGUUGUUUCCUGGUUAUUUUGUUAUUCUGUUAGUUUGUUAUUUUGUUAUUUUGUUAUUCUGUUAGUCAACCUCACCCACAUUUGUCAUUUUUUUUCGCGCGCAUUUAAUUAAGCAUGCAUCUAACUGAAUCUUUGAAAUAAAUAAUAAUUAAAGUUAUCCUUGUUUCAGAAAUGGAGAUGUGAGCAUCGUUUUUUCAGGCAUCAGAAAUUUUAUUAUAUCAGUCCCGCAAAUGAACGAUUCUAUGCCCGGUGGAAGGCUCGUAAGUCUGACCACAAACUCACUGUUACGAAACAUAAAAACGACAAGAAGUUAUUUCUCUUCAACGAUAAAGCUGGGGCUAACAUGUGUGACUUUGACCACCGAGGUAAGCAUUCGCACAUAGAUGUUUUCAUGGUGACGUUGGCACAAGUUGUUGAAAAACACCAUAUUGUGUCUGUUUACACAAUACGGUAAAAAUAUGGAAAUUUUGAGUACCUACCUUUCUUGUACUGUUUUGGAGUAAACAGCAAAUACGUGACUGGCCAGGCGACCAGAAGAAAUAUUAAUUUUUAAUUUCUUUUAACUUGUUUUAAAAGCAAAUAUUCGCACUGAAAUUAUAAGAAAUGAUUUAGUAUUGAGCAUGCCAAGUUUCAUUUGACCUCCAAUUUGGAGGGGAAAAAUUGCCCUCCAAAUUGAAGGUGAAAAACCAAAUUCGGUUUGCUCAUCCUAAAUGUUAACCAGGUUGUCUCGUUUCUCUUACGAAGACAAAUUGGAUAUAUGCCUUAAUAACGAAGCGUAUGCCCUCGGCAUCCGUGACCCGUUUCCCAGAAAUAAUUGACCAUGCUAAUUAAGAAGAACUUUAGCAGUUCUUUAAACAUAUGUUCCAUUUUUCUCAAUAGAUCAUUGCUUGCAAACUGUUGCAAAGAUACCAACGUCAGGUAUGGAAUUAUGAAUACUUCUCUACUAAUAAUGCCUAGGCUCUCUAAUACAGAUACCUCUUUAAAAAUAAAGAUAUACCCCAUAAUAUUCUUGAAAAAGCAUUACGGAACAUUUUUUGCUUCUGAUGUUAUGUACUCAAGUGAAGAUAAUAUAUGUUUGUGAUGUUGUCACACCGGGCAAGCUGAAAAGAGUGCUUGACUCCACCACGGUGGGAAUCGAACCCACGACCUUUCGUUUGCUAAUACAAUGCGCUAGUUGGACACACCAAGAGAGACAACAUCACAAACAAGCAUUAAGAACAGCAACCAAGAUCCCGUGAUUCCCAAGUCUCGUCCUCGUCUGAUAUUUAAUCCAGGCUAAAUAGACAACUUGCAUGUUAGACUAAUUUUUGAUCUAGGCAAAAAAAGUAAAUUCCUCUAAAGAACUUGUUAAAAUUAGUAAAAUUGCAAAAUUUGGUUACGAAAUGUUGUAAAAUAUCGAAAAUAUAGCCUUGCGAAGUUUGCAUAUUUUGUACAUGUUUGUAUUACGUGCGGAAAUUGUUACCAUUUUUGAGCCGAAAAUGACAAAAUUUGCAAACUUUGCAAGACUAUAUUUUCCAAGAUUUACAACAUUUCGCAACCAAAUUUUGCAAUUUUACUAAUUACAUUAUGUUCUUUUUAGUUGCGUGUUUGAUUCCCUUCUCUUUACUUAGAUUAAAAUUUAGUCUAACAUGAUGCAAGUUGUCCAUUUUUAAAAUGUCAUUUCAAAACCUCAAGCGUGUCUUUUCCUAUUCCAGAAGGCACGUGCCUCGUCGCCGUCGCGAAAAACAACAUCAGUGGUUACGCAGAGAUAGAACUUUCAGGCAAGAUACCUCUGAGAGAUUUCUCAAUUUUCAUGUGGGUCAAAACUCGGAUGCAUAAAUAUAAGGGAAAUAUGUCACUGUUUUCAUAUACUGUCAAGAAUGAUUCUGUUCUGAGCUUGGCACAUCAUGGAAAAAGCCCUGUUAGUCACAAGAGUAGGAUUGAUCUUUUCGACAGUGGAAUGUAAGUUGCGCUCUUGUGUUAUCUUGUGUUGUGUUAUGUUAUGUUAUGUUAUGUUGUGUUGUGUUGUGUUGUGUUAUCGGUAUUGGACAGAUUUAGAUCGAGGAUGCGGACGUCAAAGACGACGUGAAAAUGGCGUGUUGUGCCCUUGUAUAUCUGCCACGCCAUUUUCACGUCGCCUUUGACGUCCACGUCCUCGAUCUAAAUCUGUCUAUUAUACUUGACAACGGCAAAAUAAAUACAGAUUAUCACGUCUUGUAUAUACAACGUUUAUUUAGGAAAACCCUACUUUCAAUUGGGUCUCUUAGAACGUUUCUGAAACAUAAAUCCUGUGUUAACCUUGAUCCUCAAACUGUAUCACUUUUAUACGAUGGAUAAUACACGGCAGUUUGGCGAGAGUUUGUAUAUCUGAUACAACACAGUCGCUCAUGUUGUAAAUGGCCUGUGAAACGUCUUAAUGAAUGAAUGAAUGAAUGAAUGAAUGAAUGAAUGAAUGAAUGAAUGAAUGAAUGAAUGAAUGAAUGAUAUUGCAUUCCAUUCUAGAUCGUACUUUUCGUAUCGUUUCUAAUUAAAUUCAAUCCUACCAAGUUUUUAUGUUGUGCUAAUAGUUUGAUUUCUAACCUCAUACAGAUAUAUUAAUACGGCAGAUAAACAUGUCCUUUUUGGGCGAAGUUACUGGAUUCACGUAACGCUCGCUCGUUCCGUCAAGAAAGGCACACUCAGAUACUACGUUAACGACAUUCUGGUUCACGAGGAAAACCCUGUGAGCAGGCGGGCAAUCUCAGGUACCGGGACUCUGCGUUUGGGUUACUCGGUUUUGGAAGAGGAGAAGUGGUUCAACGGGCUCAUAUCGCAGUUUAAUAUCUACGACUGGGCGCCGUAUUCCCGUGAAGAGAUCGGAGAACGUAUUCAAAAGCAACACUGCUGCCACGGUAAAUUGUCGCACGGUAAUUGGCUGAGCUGGAGUCAGAUGGUCAGAUAUUGGACUCUCCAUGGCAGUGUUCGAGUCGACAAAGGAGUCGAGUGCACUUCUUUCGAAAGUACGAAAACAUUUGUUUUGCAUUUAAGGCCAUGUUACACGUUUGCUGCAUGCACUGUGGACACACAGCCAUGUUAUCUACACAUGUAAAAAUCUCACAAAUUGUCAACAAGAUGUGUUCGCAACAGGCUUGUAGCAAGCUUGUCAACAAUCUGUUAUUUUAUCAAGUUGCUACAAGGUUGUCACUCACAACUUGUCGACAAAUUGUUGAAUUGCAGGGCGAUAACAAAUUGUUGGAACAAGUUGUAACAAGUCUGUUGAGCUCAACAACCUUGUAGCAAGUAGUCAACAAGCCGUUCACAACUUGUCAACAAGCUGGGAACAAGCAGUGCGAACACAUCCUAUAGACACUUCCCGAAUUUGCUUGAGUGCACACGAAACAAUAGCUUGGAAUCGAGGCGGACAAUGUAAUCCAUUGGAAAUAAGUAUAGUUUUCCAAUGGAUUACAUUGUCCGCCUCGAUUCCAAGCUAUUGUUUCGUGUGCACUCAAGCAAAUUCGGGAAGUGUCUAUUGACAAGUUGUUGGAACAGCAUUGCUACAAGUCUGCUGCAGGUUUGUUACAACUUGUGCCUUUUUACGUGUGUAGAAGUAGUUUCACGAAAAUUUCUUGUUUUGCCGUUUUUGCGCAUUUCAAAUCGGGUAUAGUUUCGCUUGCAUGACUUGUUUUCAAUAAUUGUGGCGGCUAGUUUUUGAUUCGGUCAGCAUUAAUGACUAUUUGGAAAUCAAUUUUAUGGCUCAAUUUCGUGGUGACUAUCGAUUAAAUCACUUCGAAAUUCGCUUGAGUAGUAUUUGGUUGUAUUUGGUAUCAUUAUCAGCCUCGUACCCAGGCGCAAAUGACGUACUAAAAAUAGCAACACUACAGUAUUUUUAUAUAGAUCAGUGGCUAAGAUGAGCGAGCGCGCGGGGGUGCUAGGUCAGGACCGAGUCCUCCCCAAGUACCCCCGCGCGCUCGCUCAUCUUAGCCACUGAUCUAUAUAAAAACACUGUAGUGUUGCUAUUUUUAGUACGUUAUUUGCGCCUGGGUACGAGGCUGUAUCAUUAUACUAAAAAUUUAAAACACUGGUUGUCACAUCAAAUUUAUUUCACUACACAGAGUACUGUUCUCCUGCGAUUACAGAAUCGUCCUUGGAGAUACGAAAAAUUAGUCCAAAUUAUAUCUCAAACUCAUUUUUAAUUCAUGAGUAAAUUAGCCAACCAUAUUCUUUAUUAAUGAUAAUACUGGAUACAUGAUGAAAUAUACUGAUCCAGUCUUAGGACUGGAUAAAAAUUAAUUCAAUCCUUGGACCAGAUCAAAAUUAAUUCACCUCACUUUAAGUACUGAUUUAUUCGUACGAGAUGUCAUUUAUUUCAAAUCCUCCAAUUCGGACUGGACUGCAUUCCAAGUCUUCGCAUUUUGAUUCAGUUCUCGGCUUCACCUCUGACUUGAUAAAAUUGCGCGGACGUGAAAUCUAGUCCAGUCCUGGUCUGAUUUGAAAUAUUACUUAACGAACAAGUUGAUCUCAAUGCAUUUUCUCGUUGCUUCUUUCUUACAGUUAUGCCACACGAGUGGAUAAACAUGGAAUACGAUCGUCAAAACUGCCGUGCACCGUUGUUUGUUUCGGAUCCUCGAUACGUGCCAGAGUAUCAGUUCAGUUCUUCCUCGUGGACACCUGCUGGUAUACCAUCGAACGGUCGUGCUUCUAAGAGAAUACCCAACGCAUGGUGCCCUGAGAGCAAGGAUGAAAGGAGCUAUCUUCAGGUUUGUCAGUGACUUACUUGACGUAAUAUUUCAAAUCCGAUAUGAGAACUCGAGUAGAUUUCAAGUCCAAGCUAUUUGAUCAAGUCUGAGGUGAAGCUGAGAACUAAAAAAUCUACUCCAGUCAAAAUUGGAGACUUUGAAAUCAAUAGAUUACUACUUGAACGGAAAUGAAUUAAUUUUGAUCCAGUCCAAGGACUGAAUUAGUUUUGAGCCAGUCCUAAGACUGGAUCAAUAUACUUCACCAAGUAUCCAGUAUUAUCAUGUGAAAAAAUAGAACAAUAUGGUUGGAUAAUUUACUCAUGCAUUAUUAAUGAGUUUGCGAGAUUAUCAUCUGGUGGAUAACGUGGAUUAGUUGUGAUCAACCGGCUCUUAUCAUCGUGAGACAGUCAUCAAGUUGAGAAAAUAAUUUUAUUACACGUAGGAGACUUGUAUUUGUAAGCAAACAAAUAGAAAUGAGAGGAAAGGUUAAUUUUCCACAUCCCGAAAGUGUCAACAUUCUGAACUUGUCGACCAUGUACUACUUUCUCUGAAAUCCACCAAUAUAAAACGGUUUACCACCUUUACUGUAUGAAUGGGGAAGGCCAUUAAUUGUUAAUUAUUAAGCUAUGAUAUCUUGUUUUAAGGUGGACCUGGGUUAUGUACACAAAGUAAGUGCAAUCGGAACAAUGGUGAAACUGCAAAGACGCCAUGCUAAAAGAAUGAAAGUUUAUUACAGUGAAAAUGGAAUUCACUGGCAUAACGAUGGCCAGGUAUUGUAAGUGUUCAAUCAAUAAAUAAGGGUUCAAUCGUCAGAAUUCGUCAACUGAGGCUAGUACGUUUACACUGUACUUGAUAUAGCUUUCUGUAGCGACGUGAAAAAACACCUGUCCGUACCUUUUAGGAACGCUAUCUUCAGAGGAAUUAUUGCAACGGAGAGAUGUUGUUUCGCUCAGCUUCUGAAAGUUGUCCAUUCCGUAUCGGAUAGGUGCUUUUUUGCGCCGCUACGGAGAGCUAUCCAGUAUGGUGCAAACAUAGCCUGAAUCUUGCGUGAAUGAAAUCUUAUGCUUAUCUGUGCCUUGUACCAGUGACCUGGGUUACAGAUGAGGUAUUUACCUCAUCUGUGCCUGGGUCAAUGCUGGACCGAUCGAACAUUGUGAGUAUUUCAAUUACUUAUAUUCGUCAAGGUAUAUGAAGCCAGCCAACGUUUAGUCCCCGAAGUCAGCAUCGUUCCUCUCAAAUCUCCUGUAAUGGCGAGAUAUCUGCGCUUCUACCCAACUGGAUGUAUAUCAUCACGCUGCUGUCUUGCUGUUGAGGUAUUCGGAUGUGAUCCAGGUAUGGCUUGUAACCCCCCCCUGGAAAAGUCAUGUGUAAAUGAAAACUGCUAUGCAAGAAUUUAUGAUUGGCUGAUUCAUUUGGAAGAGGGGUGGGUCGGUAACUGCCCAUUUCGACAAGAACAGACUAACGAGAGACAACGUCAUAGCGUAUCGGAUAACUGAAUAGCUAGGAAGGUCCUGGGGUAUGCACCCUUGGAGAAUUUUCGAUUUUAGAAGUCCAGAAUGGCCAUUUCCUGCGUUUUUAGGGUGAUAUUUGGUCUUGUUUUUUGCCUUAAAAUCUGUAUGGGCGCAUAAUUUAUAACUAAUUUUCAUAUAAAGCUCGAACACUCAAUUUUAGAACUACUCAUUUUACAUUUAGUACCAGCCAUUUUGGAUUUAGGUGAGCCUUUUAAUACGAUGACUCCAGUAGAAAUGAUAGGCUUCACUGAAAGCAGGCAUCUGUGGUGGGAAGAAUAUACUACUAUACUUGAAAAAUAUAAACAGAACAGUCUUGGACGUCGGGGAAACUAGUAUCGCACUCAUGAUGAUUUUUUCUCAUAUUUAUAUAGUGAUUGAUCAAAAAAUUUCUGAACCCGAAGGUAAGAAAAUGUUUAUUUGCUUUGUACUUUUUACAAACUGUACUUUUAUUAAUAAUACUAUUGUUUGUGGAAACACCACGUAAAUUUAUUACUGCAAAGAUUUCGAUCCGUAAGCUCGGAUCUUCAUCAGUGCUGAUGUUUUAUCGCCAUGCAAACCUACAAAGAAACUGUACUUUUGUUCAAAUAAACUUUGACAGUGUAGACCAAUAUUAACAUAGGUGUACAUUUCACAGACUUUGAUCAGGUAACGUAAACUGCACUUUGUUAAUAAUGUCUUAAAAUAGGUUUGCGCUUCUUGAGUUCAGUAGGACGUGAAAAGUAUCAAUUGAAUGGUUUGUAGCUGGAAGUUUCCGAGUGGAAAUUUGUAUAUACAUUUAUUACACCUAACCAGGAACAGUUGCGAAAAAUGUAACUGUAGGUUCCUGGCAGGAAUAGAAUCUGCGUCCCUGCGAUUCCGGUGCAGCGCUCUAACCAACUGAGCUACCACAAGUUCAGGUUUUAUAUACUAUAUCUGUCUCAUUGCAGACACUUUUCUAAGGUUGUUUCAAAAAGCUUCAAUUUAUUACAGUAAUCAAGCUCUCAAUUUUGAGCUAGUGAAAUUGAGACCGACCGCGCGCCGUCGCGCUUGCCGAGGCUUUUCUAAAUCUUGGUCUGUUGUAUGACCCAAUUACUGAAAUUGGAUUAUUCAUACCUCAAUCUCAAACGUUAUACACAGGCCUCCUAAAACCAUAUACAUUUACUUCGAGCUUAAAGGGACAUGUAAUGUAAUGUUUCAAUUUACUUUUUAAAAUUUUAUUUUGAACUGGAUAAUGUUAAGCCAUGGUUAUAUCCAUAAUGAGUAAGGUGGUUAAAAAUUGACGCAAAUAAUGGACAUUGUAUAUAUAUAUCGCAUAUAAAUGUGCAAAUAAGCCGACAUAAAAACCCAAAUCUAAUACCCAUAUCUACCUGUGUACAUGUUUAUUUUAUUUAGAUGGUUGUACAGGAGAAAAUAAGCCUUAUAUCCUGAUGUAUCUGCCCAUUGCGCAACAUAUAACACGAAUACAACUCAAAGCCCGCAAGAACAAAAAGCCGAUCAGGUCAUUUUACAUGUAUUACAUGUCGUGGAAGCAAUGGAUUCCUUAUCAAGUUAAUGGCAAAAUGAAGGUAUUGUUCUCACACACAAAACACUCUGUGAAUCGAGCAAUUAGUGUUUUAAGGAUCACUCGUAUUUCUAACAAAGUUUGUAAAUGAAAUAAAAGUUCAAACCAUAAAAAAUUCCACAGGUGAAGGGGGUGGGGGGGGGGGGGGGGUUGGUGUCUACUUUGGGAAGAAAAGUGUACCACAUGUAAUUUUCAUAUAAUUUUAAAAGUUCUUUCAAAUGAGACACAUUAAAUUUUUGUUGCCAUAUACCUUUAAUAAUUAUAAUAUAUAAUUGAACAAUAGACAAUUCCCAUUAUAGACUAAUUUUAAAACUUGGCAAGGAGACUCAAAUAAAUCACCAUAGCUAGAAAGAGCAUACUAAAAUUAGUAAAAUUGCAAAGUUUGGUUGCGAAAUGUUGUAAAAUGCGGAAAAUAUAGCCUUGCAAAGUUCGCAAAUUUUGUAUACUUUUGUAUUGCGUGCGGAAAUUCUUACCACAUUCCUACCACAUUUAGGCCGAAAAUGGCCGCACGCAAUACAAAAGUAUACAAAAUUUGCGAACUUUGCAAGGCUAUAUUUCCCGCAUGUUAUAACAUUUCGCAACCAAACUUUGCAAUUUUACUCAUUUUAGUAUGCUCUUUCUAGCUGUAGUAAUUUAUUUGCAUCUCCUUGCCUAGUUUUAAAAUUAGUCUAUAAUGCGAUUUGUCUAUUAAAAACUCUGAUUUAUUCUCGCAAGGUGUUCAACGGAAACAGGGACACGUCAAGGUCAUUCACACAUAUCCUAACCGUCCCAAUAUUCACACAUCUCGUCAAGAUAUUUCCAAUUCCUUAUGGGCCAUCUGUGUGCGGUGAUUUUACCUUCAUUGGAUGCUUUCCUCCUCGCGAUGAUUUUUGCCAUGUAUUGGAGGUACGGAGUAGCAUUGGUCAUUGUCGGAGACUUCCGUUUCCUCGGUGUAGUCUGGGCUUUGUUGGUAAUGGCCGUAUCUGUCAAGGUAGGAAUUCUAUACUACUUGCUAAAAAACUCUGACUUGCUUGCUUACUUGUUUUGCUAAUAAGCGUACGAGACAGGGGACAUAAAAAACCCAUGGAAAAUCGGACAAAUGCUAGCAAGAUCGAGAAAAGUCGGGCAGACUUUAUCAGAAAAUAUAUUAAAUUUAGGUUAUUUUAUCACAAUACUCCCAAAAAAUUCGGGCAAACUUUCAACCCCCCCUUCCCAGAAUGCAUCAUCUCCACGUACACUUGUGGUAAUAAGGGGCGUAUCCACGGAAGGGAAUGGGAGUCCGGUCACCCCACUUUUCUUUCCGAAACUGAGGAGAAACUGGGGGUUGGGCGUAACCUCGUAAUGCAUUCAUCUAUGACAUAAAAUAUACUAAUUCUGUGUGACCAUGCUCCCGAACGACCUGACCCCUAGUUGUUCUCUGUAUUCGAUAAUUCGACUCUCCUCCUCCCCUCCACUCGUUUGGACUAGCUACGUCCCUGAUUGUAUUACUUGCUUACUGUAUGUUUAGAUUUGAACGAGUGUGAUAUUAAAACUGGUGCAUACUGUGAUCGCAACAGUCUGUGUAGGAAUAAACAUGGCUCCUUCUCAUGCGAUCCAUGCAAAAACAACUUCAUUGGUGAUGGACGCAUUUGUCAGAGUAAGUCUUGAAACUCGAAUUAAAGUAUCAAAAGUGAACUCCAUCAAUCUUUGAUAACAAGGAAGACUUAGUAGUUUGGGUUAUAAUGAAACAUCGCUGUUCUCGAAGCCAUCAUUUAUGAACAUAUGUUCUAUUCUUCUUGCGGAGCUCUUCAAUAUGGCCACCAAUGACUAUCUGCAUGGCAGAUAGUUUUCUUCCUCAACACAAACUAACCCUUAAGCUACGUUUACAUGCACGCUACGAUUAAUCGUGUACGUACGAUUCGUAUUCUGGCGUAUUAAAAUUAGUGCUGGUGCCAUAAUUCAUUGCCGUUUCGUUAAAAAGAAAUUCCAAAUGUAGCCAGUUUACGCGUCUUUACUCAAUGACAUACGCCAGAAAACGAAUAGUACACGAUUAAUCGCAGCGCGUGUAAACGUAGCUUUAGACUCUUUAGGCUUGAUUUAAUAUUUUAUCUUGGUUUGUUGAAAACACCAGGUUUAAUUAUAAAUUAUUGCAAAGCUUACGAUCCUUGAGCCCUGCUAAUACACCGGGAGGGGGCUUAUAUUCGGGUGUGCUUAUAUUCGGAGGUUUAUGGUAUGUAUCUAUACAGUUGUAGCUCUGAGAUGAGUGAUAUUUUACAGCAUCUUGUGAAGCAUUUGGUAUAACGUGUGGUGUGAACUCGUACUGUGAUUUGGAUCAAUGUAAAUGUCACGAGGGAUUCAUUCAUAAUGGAACGCAUUGCACUGAAGAUCCGGACUUUGGCAAGGUCAAAGAACCGCCCACAAUGCGACCUGAUGAGAUUGGUAAGAACGAAAUCUAGCUAUUUCUUUGUGAUAGGCCAAUUACAUGAAGUCACAAAUAUUUCAUAAGAGGCAUAGAAAGCACUGGGGAUGUAAAAAGAUGUGUAAUUGCAUAAAGAGUGUGAAUGUUUUUUCGUUUAGAUGGUCUAUGUCCGGACGGAUUCUUCAAUUGCUAUGGUGAUGUUAUUGGUACCCUGGACAAGUUAAGAAAAGCGACGUUGGCGUUUGAAAACUUUGAUUACGAUGACUGUAGUGGUUAGAGCUGCAAUCUCGUCGUUUGGGAAGGAGUUUUAAUCCUUCUAAGUGUUAUACAUAUUUAAUAAAAUAUUAUCCCAACCAAAAUAUUGACUGAUGG